AAAAUUCGUUCCACGUUCAUGAUCGGAUUUAUUGACUGAUUGUACACGUGGCAGAUAUUGUAGCGUACGAGCAAACGAGGAAACACAAGAAAGAAACGCCAUGGCUCUGAUCAAGUGAAUGCAGUUUGCUGCUAAUUACAUUUGCAUCAGAAGAAACCACAAACACAGUCAGAAAGAGAUGAAUCCGAAGGCGGUGAUGGCGAUGAUGGGACUUUGCCUUGCAGCCUACAUUGUAGGCCUCCUUUACUGGCAACUCUCUGAUAUUUUAGUAGCAACUCUUUCUCCUUCUUCCUCCUCCUUGUAUUGCCCUCCCUGCUCCUGCGAUUGUUCUUCUCAACCCCUCCUCCCUCUCACUGACGGUUUCAGCAACAAUUCUUUUACAGACUGUACGAAGCCUGAUCCUGAGGUAAGUGAGGAGAUGGAGAAAAGCUUUACAGAUCUGUUAUCAGAGGAAGUGAGGCUGAAAGAAGCAGAAGCGCUGAAACAGCAACAUCGUGCAGACGUGGCAUUGUUGGAAGCUAAGAAAAUGGCAUCCCAGUAUCAGAAGGACUCUGACAAGUGCAAUGCAGGGAUGGAGACUUGCGAGGAGACAGAAAGAGCUGAAGCUGCAUUAGAAGCACAGAGGAAACUGAGCGCAAUGUGGGAACUUAGAGCUCUCCAGAGAGGAUGGAAAGGAGACGCUGCAAGGGCUCGUCUUUUUUAGAAGGCCAAAUUUCUUUUAUUUCAUUCUCUAUUGAGGCCAGCCAUUUAAUUUACUUUAUUCCUUUUUUUUUUUCGCCGGAUUUGCUCUGAAAGUGAACCAUGUAUCCUGGAUGUACUGGAAUAUUACUUUAGUGAAGUAGCAGAAUGAGUUCUAGCAAUCAAGGCCUUGGAGUGACUUCCCAAUAUAUAAAUGAAAAAUAUAAUGAGUUCUAGCAA